AUACGUGGAAAAAAUCAAUCUCAUAAUUUUUUUGGUUUCAUUCCUCAUCUUCGAUCUUCCAUUACUAUUAUUAUUUUGACAAAAUGAGUUCGAAAUUUUUGUUUUUGUGUUUGACUACUUGUCUGAUAUUGUUCUCGAUGAAUGUUUUUGGCGCCGAAGCAACAGAGUUUUUGGUUGGUGGAAACAAGAAUUCGUGGCGUAUCCAUACUUCUCCUAACGAGUUGAAUGAAUGGGCUGAAAAAGAACGGUUUAGGAUCGGAGAUUCACUUGUAUUCAAAUACGAUUCAAAGAUCGAUUCAGUGUUACGAGUGGAUGAAGAAGACUACAAAAAAUGCAAUAAAUCAAACCCCAGCAAGUCGUACAAUGAUGGUAACACAAAAAUCAAGCUUGAUGAAGCAGGACCUUUCUUUUUCAUUAGCGGUGCUAAUGGGAAUUGCGAGAAGGGUGAGAAGCUUGAGGUUAAGGUUUUAUCGCAGAAACAUGCAGGCUCGAUUGGUGGACCAUCUCCUUCGCAAGCUCCUAAACCAUCUCCGAAAGUAUUACCACGUCCAGUACUUACUCCUGCAAAUGCUCCUCCUUCUCCGGCCAUUACUCCAGCAACUGCUCCAACAGCCAGUACGGCGUCAUCCAAUGCUUGGGUGAUUGGUGUUUCCACCAUGGCUGUUAUGGCUACCUUGUUUGUUGUUGCUAUGGUUUGAGGAAAAUUUUCAAGAUUUUGUUUUAAUAGUUUCGGUUUUUAUUUUAAGUUCUAGAUAUAUUUUGGGGUGAAUUACACUUUGCAUUGUGGUUGGUUUGUUUCUAGUACUAAUUGCG